CCAUCGUCAAGCCCCAGCCUGCCGCCUCCUCCACCACCACGCACACAACAAAGAACAGCUGUCUGGGCUCAACCACUCACCACGCUCACCCUUCAUACCCACACAGCAGCAGAACGGCAGACAAAACAUUCUCAGGGCAGACACUCAGGGGAACAAAAAUGUGCACCACAAUGCCCUCAGCCAGAAACACCAUCCGAAGGGUAAAGAUGAGGAGUUCAGUAAUGUGUGGCAGUCUCUGCAGAGUUCUGGAAUGCCCCAGAAACCACCAGCCCACUGGCAACAAAACAAUGCGUGUAAUUCUGCCUGGGGUCCAGGGUCUCCCGGACAGGACGGGCAGUUCCAGGGGCAACAGGGCAUGAACCAACCCCAGAGUCAACAACAACAACCCCCCAAACCUGGUCCAGCAGGAAGUAUCAGACUGCUGAAGAGAAAUGAAGAUGUCAACACUCUGUUUCCCGCUCAGAACGCCACAAAGAAGCAGACAGAGUUUGAGGAGUUGAUCGCCAACCUGAAGAUCACUAAGGGCAACGAGCCAACGAGUCAAUCGGAGGAGCCGCUGUCUCCACAGUCUUUCGCUAUGAAGGGGACUCUGGCCCUGAAGGAGAUGCUGAACAUUGGCUCUGCCCCGGACUCCACUAGUCUCUCCUCCUCCAACACCCAGCAGCAGAACAGGAGAAGAGCCACCAAGAAACUGGCGGCGAGGAUGGGAGACUUAGUGUCACCUGUGUCCGCAGCAGCAGUCCCUCCCCUGCAGGCCCACCAGCCCUCCUCCAUGGGUCCCAGUGUGGCCUCCGAGCUGGCUAGGAUCUGUGUAGGUCUGGGCAUGGCCCCCGACUUCACCUUCAUACGCAGCAGACAGGGUUUGAUGGUGUGUCAGGUGAAGCUCUCCAGUGGUCUGCUUGUCCACGGUCCUCAGAGUCACUCUGAGAACGAAGCCAAAGAGAAGGCAGCUCUCUUCGCCCUGCAGCGCCUUAAUUCGGUGGGUUCUGGGUUUCCCAUGCCUCCGCCUCUGUUCUCCGGGGUCAGCCAGAUAAGAGGACCGUCCAUGGGACCCAUGCCUAACAUAUUCGGCCAAUCGGGUGGUCUGUUAAUCCCUCCUCAGGGGUAUGGUCCUCUCCACUGGGGCAUGCCCCUCCCUCCCCACCAGGGACAGCCCUUCUAUGGGGGCACCUUCCCUGGCGCCCGGCCCCAGGCACCCUCCGUCCCCAUCGGCUCACACAACCAGUUUGUCCCCCUGCAGGUGACUAAGAAGCGCGUGUCAUCAGGCAAGAAGCCACAAGAGUUCUACAAUGCGGCUCACACGGCGAGGAACCAAGCCCCAAGUAAGGCAGCCCAGUCUGACUCCCAACCCUCCUAUCCCCAGCCCCCUCAGCACCCCCUGCAGCCCCCAUCACACCCCUAAAGACCGCCCAGGACCCCUGAGAUGGCUGGGACCUCCUCCACGCCACAGACGCCACGCCAGAACCCCACCCCAGGCCAUGGCCACACCCCCAGCUCUGCCUCCAAGAGGAAACACAGGAAACUGGCGGUCAACUUUGAAGUGGCCAAAGUCCAAGAAUGAUCUGCUUCCCCUCUCUGCUUAGGUGAAGAUGUUUAAGAUGGUAUUAUCAUCUUCCUGGUCUCAAAUGGAACCUAUUCUCUGUGUGCUGCCCUACUAUUGACCAGAGCCCUAUGUAGUUCCCCUAUGGGGCUGUUCUCAAAAGUAGUGCGUUAGAAGAGGAAUAGGGUGUCAUUAGGGUUC